AAUAGAAAAACUCAUUUUUGUAAAACUUGAAAGCAAUCACCUAGCAUAUUUAUUUCCAAAAUCAUAUUAUUAAAAAGCCGAAUAUCCAACGUGGCGGCACGGGACAUUUUCGAACAAUCACAACGACUAAAUCUCCGACAUUCCCGCCUUCGAAAAAGCAUUAAAUCACCAAUACACUACACCCCAUCAUCUAACCGUCCACAAACACCUUAAUCUACGGCCACAGAUCAAGAUCCGCGUGACAACCCCUCAUUGUUUCUUAUCCAGCUCUCCCCCAUAUAAAACUGCUUCAAAUUAGAAAUCUCCGACGAUCUCACAUCUUCACUUCCGAAAUCGUUGAAAGUUUCCUCCGAUUUGUGAUAUCUAAGCCUGAGAUUCUGAUUCGAAGCAAAUAUGGCCGGAAGGGGAAAAGCAAUAGGCGCCGGAGCAAAGAAGAUGGGGCAAUCGCGGAGCCACAAGGCCGGCCUCCAGUUCCCCGUCGGUCGUAUCGCUCGCUUCUUGAAGGCCGGAAAGUACGCCGAUCGUGUCGGUGCUGGAGCUCCCGUUUAUCUUGCCGCCGUUCUCGAGUACCUCGCCGCCGAGGUUUUGGAAUUGGCUGGGAAUGCAGCUAGGGAUAACAAGAAAUCGAGGAUCGUUCCAAGACACAUUCAGUUGGCCGUGAGGAACGAGAGGAGUUGAGCAGAUUGCUCGGGACGGUGACCAUUGCGAACGGUGGUGUUUUGCCAAACAUUCACAAUAUGUUGUUGCCUAAGAAGACUGCAACCAAAGGCCCUGCUGAUGAUGAUUAAUUAGGUACCCUUGAAUCCAAUGCAAGAAAAAAAGAUAGCCAAACAGGAAACAGAUGUGGUUAUUUUUUCUUUCCAUUUUGACUGAUUUAUUUGUUUAUUUUUUGUGUUUACGUUUAUAUAUUAGAUUCGCUCAUACUUUUUCAUGAAUUUGAGGCGUGACAGGGUUAGUUUUAGGAAAUGUGAAAAACUGAAGAUUGGUAAUUGCUUCAAUUGAUGUAAUAAUCAAUUUCAGUGAUC